GCUAUGCCAUCAAGGAUGACGCAGAGGAAGAUGUGCCGCUCGGCAACGACAAUUUUGCGGAGCUCUACUGUGAGGAAUCCAUGUACACUCCGGUGAUGGUACCGAAAACGCGGCUGACCCUCUCCAACCUCCUGCCAGGGCAAGACUACUACUUCAUUGCACGCGCCGUGGCCAUCUCCGGCAAGGGCGAAUUCUCGAAGGUACUCGGGCCUUGCCGCACAGCACCGGAAGCACCGCAGGUAGCAGAGCGCAUGCAGCUCCAAACUUUGGACCACAGCUCCUGCUCAGCCUGUUUCAG